AUGUCUCUGUUGCUCCUCGCAGUGCUGUUUUCACUCCUGAUGGAGGAUGCUGAAGCGUGGGGCGCCAACGCCAAGUACGCAGUGAACUGCCCGGACAGAUGCAACGCUGAGCGCUGCGGCGGGACGCAGCGCUGCGCACGGACGGUUCUGGAUGACUGCGGCUGUUGUCAGGUGUGUGCAGCCAGCAGAGGGGAGCACUGCUAUCGCACAGUGUCGGGGAUGCACGGGGCCAAGUGCGGACCGGGAUUAUUCUGCGAGUUCUACAAAGAUGAGGACGAUUACGGGGAUGAAUAUGGCAUUUGCAAAGACUGCCCUUAUGGAACAUAUGGGGUGGAGUGCCGUAAGACAUGCAGCUGCAAAGGGGGCAUCUGUGACAGGGAGACUGGAGCUUGUCUCACUCUCACGUUCUUUGCCAAAAUUGCCAGCAAGCUCAAGACUGGGCAACAAGCAGCAGGCUCUGAGGUGGGCUCAGGAGAGGUGAGCUCUGCACAGAACCCAGACAGAUCCACUACUCCAAAGAGGCUCAACCCUCGCUGACAAGAAGGAUUCUUCAGUACCAAUGUAGCAUUAAGUUAUAAAUGAAACUGAAUGUUUUAUGUUAAAGGAUGAAAAAAACAAACGUUUGUGAAAGUUUUAUUUAUCUUGUUUUAAAUAUAUCUUUUACAUGAAUAUGUAUCUUGAAUGUGCAUUUCUCCUUCUCUUUCUAUGUUUUCCCAAAUUUUUGAACCAAAUCUGUUUAAAGACUUCUGGUGUGCCUUCAUCAGGAGACAAAGAGUAAAAAACAUCUGCAUUCAAGUUCAAAGUUCACUAUUUAUUUUCAGCAUUAGUUCCUAAACAUGCUUUCUUUCCAAUAUCAUCUCUUGGAAUAUGAUCUUAAAAUAAAAUCAAUGUCAUUACUGACUUAUAUUA